CAAGUAUUCGUCCAAAAUCGACCUUCUCCGCCUGAGACAGCACUUCAUCGACAAAUGAAUGUUGGUCAUACAAUUUUGCUAUCAAUGCCCACACCUGCAGUUGCAUCUCCUGCCAUGUCUCUCCAUGGAGAUCCUAGUGAACAAACAUCAGCUCUCCUUGUUGGAGUUACUUGUGUAGCAAAAUCAGGAUUCCUCUCAGGGCUCAACAACCUUGCAGUAUAUCCUUUGCAUGGCACCGAUGUUUACAACGACAAGUUUGGCUUUACUGAGAAAGAGGUUGAAUGUCUUGUUAGACACCAUGGAACCUCUGAUGCAAUGACAGAAAUCAAGUCAUGGUAUAAUGGCUAUGUUACUGGAACCAAAAUAGCAGAGCAGUUAGAAAAUGACAAACAAUCGGAGUUGCACUAUAUAACCCAUGCCAAGGUUCUCCAGAAGAUCACAGUGGAUGUUGAGGUCCAAUCUGAUCUCUGUUAUGACAACCUAUAUUCAAAGGGUGAUUCAGCCUUGUGGGCUAUACUAUACUAUUCAGGUUAUCUAUCUUUGGACAUCAACCAUUCAAGCAUUGCAAGAGAUGCUGUCAACAUUUCCACACUCACACUCGUUGUCCCAAACAUGGAGGUAUUGCAUGAGUGGAAGCAGUGGAUUGGCAAAUCUUGGACAAACAUGGGUAUAUCCAAAGCAGAAACAUUGGUGGAUCACCUUUUGCAAGGUGAACUUGACAAGUUUUCCAAGGAAUUUCCUGACUAUGUUCUAGAUCGCGUUUCAUAUUAUGGUGUAGGCAGCUCAAAAUCUGGAAGCUCCAUUAG